AUAGAUAGAUAGAUACACUGCAACACACGUUCUCUCUCACUUUUAUUUUCUUUGUUCUUCCCCCCAUUGCUCUCAUUAUCAUCAUAGCAGCGACAAGUACUAUUAAUUUUCUCUCUUUCUCUCGACAUGUGUGGAGGUGCUAUCAUCUCAGACUUCAUUGCUGUCAAGCGUGGCCGCAACCUUGCCCCACAGGAGAUAUGGUCUGAGCUUGAUCCUUUCUCUGAUUUUGCUGCCUUUGAUGCUGCUUCUGCUGGUGCUGCUGUUUCCACCACCCCAACUUCCAAAUCCUCCUCACCACCCCUCAACUUUGAUGAUGUGAUUCAAGUCCCUGACCAAAAAGUGGCAGGAUGUGACAAGAAAGGUGAGAAGAAGAAAAGCGUGGUGGGUUCUGGUGGUGCAGGGAAGAAGAACGCUCGCAAGAACGUGUACAGAGGAAUCAGGCAGAGGCCAUGGGGCAAGUGGGCCGCUGAGAUAAGGGACCCACAAAAGGGUGUCCGUGUCUGGCUCGGCACUUUCCCCACCGCCGAAGAAGCUGCCAGAGCCUAUGACGAAGCCGCCAAGCGCAUCCGCGGUGACAAGGCCAAGCUCAAUUUCCCUGACACCGUGGCGGCUCCGCCUCCUACCAAGAAGCAACGCUGCCUCAGCCCUGAGCAGCCGGAGUACAGCUCCUCCGGCAGCUCCGGGCCCACCACCACCACCACCGGGUCCUCUGACAGCUCCGCACCCAUCAUCACCACCGGGCUCGAGGAUCAGCCUAACCUGAAGCUGCAAAUCUCUGACAUUGAGUGGUUUUUGGGCCUCGACAAUGAGCCGGUCCAGGCCCAAGCCCAGAUCCAGGCCCAGGCUGAGCCUCUGCCUGGUGGUGAUGCUGAGUGGGAGAGCGAUUUCAUGGACCUGUGGAUGCUUGACGACGUCGUCAUGACUAACCGUCACCCGGUUUACUAGGAAGUGGAGUGUUUUGUCUCCUUAUGAGCUUAAUUAAUAUUCCAAACUUUCUUGGAUUUAGUGAUUGUAUAAAACUAAGUUACUUGUGUUCUUUGUUUCUGCUGUUUUCUUUUGUUGGACGGUGACAUGUUGGAUGAUUUCAUUUUGGUGCAUCGUAUUAUGAUUGUGAUUAUGACUAAAUAA